UUUAGUUUUUAAAGACCGCGGUCCGAUUCGCUCAGUGACAGCUCUCUGGGGCAGAUACCGACACGGCGCACGACCCAACCGGACGAACCAUGGCCAGCGAGGAACAGAAAGUGGUGCUGAUCACUGGUUGCUCCUCCGGUAUCGGCUUACGGAUCGCAGUUUUGCUAGCUAAAGAUGAGAAGAAACGCUAUCAUGUGAUCGCCACCAUGCGGGACCUGAAGCGGAAGGAUAAGCUGCUGGAGGCAGCGGGAGAUGCGUACGGGAAGACGCUGACGCUGAAGGCGCUGGACGUGUGUGAGGAUGAGUCGGUCAAACAGUGCAUCAGCAGCAUCAAGGAGCGCCGCGUGGACGUGCUGAUUAAUAACGCAGGGAUAGGACUGCUGGGCCCACUGGAGGCCAUCAGCAUGGAGGAGAUGAAGAAGGUGUUUGAGACCAACUUCUUUGGUGCUGUGCGCAUGAUCAAGGAGGUGAUGGUGGACAUGAAGAAGAGGAGGAGAGGUCACAUCAUCGUCAUGAGCAGCGUGAUGGGCCUGCAGGGUGUGGUGUUUAACGAUGUGUACACCGCCUCUAAGUUUGCCAUGGAAGGAUUCUGCGAGAGUCUGGCGGUGCAGCUGCUCAAGUUCAACAUCACUGUGUCUAUGAUUGAGCCAGGCCCGGUGCACACAGAGUUUGAGGUGAAGAUGAUGGAUGAGGUGGCAAAGAUGGAGUAUCCUGGCGUGGAUUCCGACACCGUGCGCUACUUUAAAGAUGUCUACCUGCCGUCCUCCGUCGACAUCUUCGAGGCCAUGGGCCAGACCCCUGAGGACAUCGCCAGGUGUGUGAAGAAGGUUCUGGAGUCCAGUCGCCCUCGGUUUCGGAACCUGACGAACUCGCUGUACACGCCCAUCGUGGCCAUGAAGUACGCGGACGAGACGGGCGGGCUGUCAGUGCACACCUUCUACAAUCUGCUCUUCAACUUCGGCCCCCUCAUGCACAUCACCAUGAGCAUCCUCAAGUGCCUGACCUGCAGCUGCUUCCGCCGGCGCACUGUCUCCCCGAACUGAGCGGGGGCGCCAGAGAGCCACCACUCUGCAGGAGACAGCGCACUGCACUGCUCUCCAAAUCAAUCUCACACAGUCCUGCAAGAGUGAAAACACACACACACACACACCUAUACAAGCACCUACAC